GGCGCAGGGGGGCCGGGGCGGGCGCAGCCCCCUCGGGCGGCCCGGCCGCUCCGCCGCGUAGCCGCGGGAGAUGCCGGAGCGGCCGCGCCGGGGCCGGGGCGCCGGGCCGGGGCCCGCCGUGCCCGGCGGCGCGGCCCCAUGGAGCCAUGGCGCGUAGGGCGCCGAGCGGGCGGGCCCCGGCCGUGGCUCCGGCUCCGUCCCGGCGGCUGGCAGGGAGGGUCCUCGUCCUCUUCACGCUGUCGCUGUCCUGCUCGUACCUGUGCUACAGCCUCCUGUGCUGCUGCGGCAGCCCCGCCGCGCCCCGCGCCCGCUGUCCGCCCGCCCGCGCCGCCGCCGCCGCCAAGAAACUUCUGCAGCAGUCGCGGCCGUGCGGACGGGCGGCACCAGCCCCAGCCCCGCCGGCCGGCAGCGCCCCGGGGCCCUCCCGACCGGGCACCAAGCGCCUGCCGCGGGCCAUCGUGGUGGGCGUCAAGAAGGGCGGCACCCGCGCCGUGCUGGAGUUCAUCCGGGUGCACCCCGAGGUGCGCGCCCUGGGCACCGAGCCCCACUUCUUCGACAGGAACUACCACCGCGGGCUGGAGUGGUACAGGAGCCUGAUGCCACGAACCCUUGACAGCCAGAUCACAGUGGAGAAGACCCCCAGCUACUUUGUCACCAAGGAGGCGCCACGGCGGAUCUUCAACAUGUCCCGGGACACCAAGCUGAUCGUGGUGGUGCGGAACCCGGUCACCCGCGCCAUCUCGGACUACACGCAGACGCUCUCCAAGAAGCCGGACAUCCCCACCUUCGAGGGGCUGACCUUCCGCAACCGCAGCCUGGGGCUGGUGGACACCUCCUGGAACGCCAUCCGCAUCGGGAUGUACGCCGUGCACCUGCAGAGCUGGCUCCAGUACUUCCCUCUCUCGCAGAUUCACUUUGUCAGCGGCGAGAAGCUGAUCACGGACCCAGCAGGGGAGAUGGCCAAAGUGCAGGACUUCCUGGGCAUCAAACGGGUCAUCACAGACAAGCACUUCUACUUCAACAAGACAAAAGGCUUUCCCUGCCUGAAGAAGUCAGAGAGCAGCGGCUUGCCUCGCUGCCUCGGCAAGUCCAAGGGCAGGACUCACGUGCAGAUAGACCCCGAGGUGAUCGAGCAGCUUCGGGACUUUUAUAGACCUUAUAAUAUCAAAUUCUAUGAAACAGUCGGGCAGGACUUCAGGUGGGAGUAAAGUGUCCGUGA